AGUUGCGUCAGCCAACACAAUCCUGCAACAUCCAGAGCUUUAAGGAACUCCGGGCGGAUCUCAUCAACCCCCGGGGCCCUGCUACCGAGGAGCUUUUUAACCACCUCGGCAACCUCGUCCUCAGAGAUUGGAGAGUUCGACCCAGAGUCCCCAGACUCAGCUUCCUCAAUGGAUGGCAUGUCGGUGGGUUUGAGGAGGUCUUCGAAGUAUUUCGCCCACCGGCCCACAAAGUCCUGAGUCAAGGUCAGCAGCAGACCAUCCCCACUAUAAACAGUGAGCCGUUUGAGGAUGGCUUUCCUAAUGGUGAUGAGCUGUCGCCGGCUGAAGAGGCUGCUGCUAAAGAGGCAGCAGAGCCCAAAGGAGUGGUCAAGUUUGGCUGGAUUAAGGGGGUGCUGGUACGCUGCAUGUUGAACAUUUGGGGAGUCAUGCUCUUUAUCCGCAUGACAUGGAUUGUUGGCCAGGCUGGAAUUGCUCUGGCCUGUGUGAUUGUUGGCAUGGCAACUGUUGUGACAACCAUCACUGGCCUCUCUACUUCUGCCAUAGCCACCAAUGGAUUUGUUCGAGGAGGAGGAGCAUAUUACUUGAUUUCGAGGAGUUUGGGUCCAGAGUUUGGAGGCUCUAUUGGCCUGAUCUUUGCUUUUGCCAAUGCAGUGGCUGUGGCCAUGUAUGUAGUCGGCUUUGCUGAAACUGUUGUGGAACUUCUCAAAGGUGUGGAUGCGCUGAUGACUGAUGACAUCAAUGACAUCCGAAUCAUUGGCACCAUUACAGUAAUUGUUCUGUUGGGUAUCUCUGUGGCAGGAAUGGAAUGGGAGGCUAAGGCCCAGAUCUUCCUGCUUGUUGUCCUUAUCACAGCUAUUGUGAACUACUUUAUCGGAUCCUUCAUUUCUGUGGAAUUAAAGAAACCUUCAGGCUUCCUUGGAUAUGAUGCUGAAAUCAUGUGGGAGAACAUGGGACCAGACUUUCGAGAUGAGACGUUCUUUUCUGUCUUUGCCAUCUUCUUCCCCGCAGCCACUGGGAUUCUGGCUGGUGCUAACAUUUCUGGAGACCUUGCUGACCCACAGAUGGCAAUCCCCAAAGGAACACUACUUGCCAUAUUGAUUACAGGCAUUGUCUACUUGGGGGUCGCAGUUUCAACAGGGUCCUGCAUUGUGAGAGAUGCCAGUGGAAAUCUGAAUGACACAAUCGGCACACAGUUCAGUGCAAACUGCACUGGUGCUUCCUGCAAGUUUGGCUUUGAUUUCUCUAGCUGCAAGAGCCAAAAAAACUGCCGCUAUGGACUCCAUUAUGACUUCCAGGUGAUGAGCUUGGUUUCAGGUUUUUCUCCCAUCAUCUCAGCUGGAAUCUUCUCUGCCACUCUGUCCUCUGCUCUGGCCUCUUUAGUGAGCGCGCCUAAAGUAUUCCAAGCUUUAUGUAAAGACAACAUCUACCCUUAUAUUGGAAUAUUUGCCAAAGGAUACGGGAAGAACAAUGAGCCUCUUCGAGGCUACAUCUUGACUUUCGGCAUCGCUCUGGCUUUCAUCCUAAUCGCUGAGUUAAACACAAUUGCGCCAAUUAUCUCCAACUUUUUCCUGGCAUCCUACGCCUUGAUCAAUUUCUCUGUGUUCCACGCAUCUCUGGCCAACUCUCCGGGUAAGAUCAAAGUGCAAAAAGUGAAAACCAGCAUAAAAACAUGUUAAGCUAAGAAUGUUAAA